AAUUCCACGGAAUCUCAAUUUCUUUAUAAUCUGCUGGUAGAAAAUUAUGCGGAAUUCUUUGACUGUCACUAUAUGCCUUACAUUUAUUUGAAGUAAGCUUGGACAAAUUUCCGCGGAAAUUAAUAUCAGACACGCAGAGAAAAGUACUUCUACAGAAUUUGAAUGAAUACUGAUGAGUUAUAAAUCAAGUUUCAUGUCAUUUUGUUCCAAUGUUUUUUUAUGAAAUUUAUAUGAUCUUUAUUGAUAAGUUUUAAACUUAGAUUUUUGGCGGAACUAUUGCAUUCUCAAUUUUAUAUGAGAGCCAGAUUACACUUAAGUUUUGCCAAUAAGGAAUAGCAUUGUCUUGCAUUAAUUGCCAGUGUUAUCAUGGUUAUACUCUCAGAAUGCUUUUUUUCCCUCAAAAUUUAGUAUUAUGAAUACCUUCAUUGAUUAAGUAAUUAAGAAAUAAAAAUUUUAUUUUUUAAUAGAGCCAUGCCAAAUCAUCCAAAGCAUGCUCUUGUUUUAUUUGACUGGGAUGGAUUUACUUCAAUUGUCGAGAGCUCCAGGGUUCAAAGUUCAACAAGAGGGGUCCUGUCCAGAUCUAGCAGAGGGUCUCUCUCAUAUGAUGGACAACUGCACAAAGUUGAAAUCCUUCAUUUAUCAGACACCAAAGAACAGCUUGAGGACUAUGAUACAGAAUGGGCACAGACGCAUCGAGCAAAGGCAAUUGAUGAGGAAAAGGAGAGAAGGCAAGCUUCCAGGGGACGUAGGAAGAAAGGUGGCUACUUGGACAUCUGGAACGAUCCUGGUAUUAACACACAAGAUGACACAGAUGAAGAUCUACCAGAUCCCACUGUAGAACAGAACACAGAGAGGCGACAACAUGAAACAACACAACAGGGCAGAAACAAUGGAUCUGUUAAGCAGGGGUCUAAGGGACGGAAGAUAACAGUGCUGUAUGAAGGAUCGGCGGAUUUGACCAAUUCGAAUGCUUCACCAAUGCGCAGUCCUGUGUACUUGGAUGACCUCUCCUCAGAUGAAAGGGAAAUUGUGCAGCAGCAAGUCGUGUUUCAUGAAGCUGGGAAAGUGAGCUCCACUUCUCAAACGGAUAAAGUUAUCGUGGUUCAAGAUGAAAAGGAGAUCUUGGAACUAAUUAGUGGCAGCAACAAAACAGACAGCACAGUUCAGACUUCACCUGCCUCCUCCGUCGGAAGAGCAACACAGACAUCUGUAGUUAAGAGUUCUGUGAUGAUGGAUGCUGCAGUGCAAGCCGAAGCUCCUAAUCAUCAAAAUCCUCAUAAUCCUCAUGAAAGUGGGACAUUACAUGAGAAGCUUGAUGAAAUCUUAGCCAUUCUUAGGGGACAGCAGCAGUGUGACCGAUCAAUAAGUGCCAGUGAGGUGUACAGAUGGGCAGUGAACAAUGUGCCAAAUGGCAGCACCAUCCAGACCACACCAUCCAUUACAAUCAUCCCACCAGAGGAACCAACAUCAACCCCAGUUAUCCAAGAAAUAGCUGUUAAAACCAUGAACAUUCCAACCAUUGUAAGUGAACUUUCACCAAUCAACAAUUCAGAGAACUGCCGAAGAGAAAAUACAGAUGAAGAUGAAGACACCACCACUACUGCCAAUCCACCACCAACAAAGAGAGCCCUUUUCUCAACCACAACCACCUCAUACAGUGACCGAACGCCAUUGAGAGAGUUACCGGAAAACAGGAAGAGAAAAAGGACUCUUAUUCCCAGCUGCCCAUCCAACCACACUGUAAAGGAAAUCUCGUGUCCUGACGACAUCGAGCCAGGAAGACUGGAGUUCAGAAUAAGGAGGGACGUUCUGGAAAAACUAAAGGGUUCAUCAUGUUCUGAGGGUAACUUUAUGUGGAAUGUGGCUAAAACAGUUUAUCAUGAUUGGGAGUUGAGGGGCCGAAACGUGUUUGGAAGAAAAAGUCGGGAUCCACUUUCUCCGAGACGAGUUCAUUUGAUGGAACACAUCUAUAUUGAUUAUUGUGGAGAUGACUUUGAUGCAUAUGUGAAAGCCAUGGGCGCCAUCAACAGUGGUAUCCGUUCAAUUUCCAGGAAGUGAUUUUUCAGUGAAUCUGUGAACAUGUGAUGAUCCUUCCUUUAUUUAUUAAAUGGACUUUUGAAUCUGCGUUACCAGUCGUAAAAAGCAUUUCAAGCAUAAACUUUUUGUUUUCCUGAAAAUCAUGUCUUUAUAUUAUAAUGCUACAUGUGUAGUUUGUGUACCAGUAUGUUCAUUUUAGAUUAUUUAUUAUUUGAAUCUAACCAGAGCUUUAAUGAUAUUGGGUUAUUUAAUGCUACAAGUAUGUGAAAGCCACAGACAUCAUCAACAGUGAAUCUGUGUACAUGUUAUGAUCCUUCCUAUUUUUAGAUGGAUUUUUGUAUAGUAAAAUAAAAUGUUUCCAGCAUAAAUAUUUUGUUUUUCUCGAAAGGAAAUCACUGAUUAUGAUUUUUUUAAUUGUAUCACUACAUGUGUUUAUUGUAAAUUAUUUAUUGUUUGAAACUUACUAGAGCAUAAUAUUGGAUUUAAUACUAUCAGUGUGUUUGUAUUGAGGAUUAUUUAUUUAUUGUAAGCAAGUGUCUGUAAUACUUUGAUACUUAGAGUUAGUAAUAAAUCAUCAAAAACUUUGCAACUGGUGUUUUAUGUAAGUUAUCCUAUUUUUUUUUCUAUACAGUAUAAGGGUAUUUCAAGUUUUCUUUCAAUGAUUAGUGUCCACAUUAAAAACAGAAGUUUUGCUAAUCACUCAAUCAGAUAAUCAAAAUCAGGAAAUAGAAUUACAAUUUUCAAGAAAUUUCUCAGCAACAAUUGAAAAUUUUCUUCAUG